AAUGCCAUCACCCAUCACUACCAGAAGUGGCAAGCUAACAUCGGCUGUACCUGCCCCGGCCAGGCAGAGCAGCCACUACCUGCUUCAGCAUUUCCAGCCGACAAUGCAGAAGUGAGGAUGGAGAAGGAAGAACCUGCUCCCAAGCCACAGCUGGUGGUUAAGGAGCAUGUUCCCCAGCUUCCCUUCCCCACUCGACUACAAAAGGACAAGCUGGAGGCUGAGUUUGCAACAUUCAUGGCAAUGCUGAAGCAGGUGAACAUCAGCCUGUCGUUCGUGGAGGCACUGUCAAAGAUGCCCAAGUAUGCAAAAUUGAUGAAGGAUCUCCUUACCAACAAAAAGGGACUUGGGGAUCUCUCGACAGUAAUGCUGAGCGUGGAGUGUUCGGCCAUCCUGCAGAGCAAGCUCCCAGAGAAGCAGAAGGACCCAGUGACUGUCUUGGCUAAGUGAUUGAGUCCAGUCUAUCUUGGUUGGUGAACAGAAGGGAGACUCUUCCUUUACCCGAUUUUGGGAGCAAGUUUCGGGUCGAUUGGACGAAAGUUGGACGUCUGGCGAGAAGCUGAAGAAUCCACACGGCCAUACCUAGCAUCCACAUGGCCGUGUGGUGUGGCCAUGUGGAAUCCCAUUACGCGGCCAAGCCACACUGCCAUGUAUUGGACCCCUUGUGGCCGUGUGGAAUUUCCAGGGAGCUCACACGGUCAGGCUUGAAAUCCACACGGCCGUGCAGCAUGCCUGAAGACUACUUAAUUGAAACGCGGCGUUUCCACUCUCACACGAGCAAACUGGGAAUCCACACGGCCGUGUGGUUGGGAAAUUCUGGGUUUUAACCAAAUUUCGAGCCAAAGGAGAGGGUAUCAAUUUUCUGGAGCAAAAACAGAGCCCUAGAGAGAGAAAGUGCGAAGAACACCCCCCAAGAGUGGUUUUGGAGUUGGGUUUCAUCAAUCAAGCUUGGAAAUCAUCCUUGGAGUGAAGAUC